AUGUUUUGGCGUCUCUUGUGCCUUUGUUUGAGCAUGUGUGGUCCUCUGGCCUUUGGAGGGCCACUCUCCGAGGAGCGUUUCUUAUUUGAGGACAUGACCAUGGACCCAAUGACUAGGAAGGACAGUAUACUGGCAUUCGAUUCCAUUGAACAAGACAUCAAUUCACUUCCUCCUCGGAUUCAACCUUCACUUUCGUCGAACUCCGAAGAGUUUUGGUCGCCAAGGAAAGCAAAGACAAACAAAUCCAAGGCAUUGCAGUAUCUUGUACAUGAGGCAUUGAUGCAUCAACAACCGACAAAUAUUGAUCAUUCAAUUAAGUUUUCUGUCCAACCGCCCGAAACGACUCCUAUUCGUGAAUUUGUCAUCACGCCAAGGUCCUUUGUCCGCACGAGAGUGGGAUCAAAGACUGGUUCCAAAACAGACUUGGAUCGGAUUUCUCGGAAAGUUGAAGAGGUUCCCAUAGAAACGACGACCCCGACUUUGGCUCCUUCAAUUUCCCUCCAAAGCACAAUGGCCUCAGUGGGAGACGACAUUGAGGAGGACCUUCCCAGUUUCUACGAAGAUCCAGACUCACAAAAUUCAUCAGACGUGAAGGCGAGAGUCAUCAACUGGAAGAUUAUUAACCAUGGGAAGCAAACUAUAUAUAUUCUAUGAGCGCUUGAUUUCUUUCUGUACAUGUGGAACAACAAGUUGGGAACUCCGAAAAAGCGAGGCUUCUCAUUUCGAGUUUGCCUUGUCUUGUGUUGAUUAUGAGUUCAAUCCUAUGAUUAGGCCCGGGCGUGUUUGUUGACUUUCUGAUAAAUCCUGGGGAAGGCGCCAUCACAUUUGUAUUUGGUUCUCAUCUCGUUGUAAAGCGUAUGAUCAAACAUG